CGGGCGUUUCUAUGACCUACGUCACGUGACACAUCCUCUCGGUAGUAGCCAUGAUGCAUGCAGUUCGACGAGCGUGUGCCGGGGUUUUGAAAGGCUCUAGCAAAGCCUUUUCAGCCCCGUCUGCACAAAACACAGCUUUAAAUUUUUUACCAUCUUGCUAUGUAACACAACGCAAAUAUGCGGAAACUAAAGCAGCAGCUGCAGGUGCCAUCAGGGGCAAAGUUGUGGCCGUCAUUGGUGCCGUCGUGGAUGUACAGUUUGAUGACAACUUGCCACCCAUGUUGAACGCCUUGGAAGUCCAAAACAGAACACCACGUCUUAUCCUAGAAGUAGCUCAACAUUUAGGUGAGAACACUGUGCGAACAAUUGCUAUGGAUGGUACAGAGGGUCUGGUUAGAGGUAACGUAUGCGUGGACACCGGUAGCCCCAUUUCCAUCCCUGUGGGACCAGCCACCCUUGGCAGAAUCAUGAACGUUAUUGGUGAGCCCAUUGACGAGAGGGGACCAAUUCCAACAGACAAGCGUGCAGCAAUUCACGCUGAGGCACCUCCAUUCGUUGAGAUGAGUGUACAACAGGAGGUGUUGGAGACUGGAAUUAAAGUUGUAGAUCUCCUUGCUCCGUAUGCCAAGGGAGGAAAGAUUGGUCUGUUUGGUGGUGCUGGUGUCGGCAAGACUGUCUUGAUUAUGGAGCUGAUCAACAAUGUCGCCAAGGCUCAUGGUGGUUACUCAGUGUUUGCUGGAGUGGGAGAGAGGACCCGUGAGGGUAACGAUCUGUACCACGAGAUGAUCACGUCCAAAGUUAUCAGCUUGACAGAUAAUACUUCAAAGGUAGCUCUGGUGUACGGUCAGAUGAACGAGCCCCCUGGCGCCCGUGCCCGUGUGGCCCUCACUGGUCUCACUGUGGCCGAGUACUUCCGUGACCAGGAGGGUCAGGAUGUGCUGCUCUUCAUUGACAACAUCUUCAGAUUCACACAGGCUGGCUCAGAGGUGUCUGCCUUGCUUGGACGUAUUCCCUCUGCCGUCGGUUACCAGCCCACCCUAGCCACUGACAUGGGUACUAUGCAGGAAAGAAUUACCACCACAAGGAAGGGAUCCAUUACUUCAGUACAGGCCAUCUACGUGCCCGCAGAUGACUUGACUGACCCGGCCCCAGCCACAACGUUCGCUCACUUGGACGCCACCACUGUGCUGUCCCGCGGCAUCGCCGAGCUGGGUAUCUACCCCGCCGUGGACCCCCUGGACUCCACCUCCCGUAUCCUGGACGCCAACGUCAUCGGAGCGGAGCACUACGGUGUGGCACGUGACGUACAGAAAGUCUUGCAGGACUACAAGUCCCUGCAGGAUAUCAUUGCCAUCCUGGGUAUGGACGAGCUUUCAGAGGAGGAUAAGCUCACUGUAGCCCGCGCCCGUAAGAUGCAGAAGUUCCUCUCCCAGCCCUUCCAGGUUGCUGAGGUCUUCACCGGGUCCAUGGGCAAAUACGUGCCCCUGAAGGAAACUGUGUCUGGAUUCAAGAAGAUCUUGGAUGGUGAAAUGGACCACAUCCCCGAAGUGGCUUUCUACAUGGUGGGAAAUAUCGAAGAAGUUGUACAGAAGGCCGAACGUCUAGCAAAUGAACAGAAGUAAAUAAUGUUUAAAUGUUAUAAGAACAUUUUAUGAAGACUGACAAUUGCUGCUAUGUGAUUUCUGUGGAAAGACGCAGUUCAGUGUUGCAAGGUUAAGUUAUUCCAUCUUUAAAAAAAAAAAGAGUGACAAUACAUUUAGUGAUAGCCCUUUUUGCUACAUGUUAAGUUAACUCACUGUAAAAAAAUGUGUUAUUUUUGGAAUAUAAUAAUUCAUUACACACUUGGCUGAACCGGCAUUGGCGACCUGCCAAAAUGAGGAUGAACAUGUAUGUAUAAUGGUGGGAUGACACGUGUAUGUAUCUGUGAAAACUGUUAAUUUAGUGCUGAAGUGGUUUUGAAUUAAAGAACAAAAAAGA